CGUUUCAAGUGCAGCCACUUUGAACAUCUGCUUUGGCCACGCUUAGUCAUAACGCCAAUAGGCCUCGACGUGCCCUCCGCCACAUGUAUCAAGGAAGGCGCCGCUGUACCCGAGGCAGUUAUCAGUCCGGACGUCAUUCCCCGCGUGGAGGCCGGAGGUGCAGUGUGGGUCCUGGGCAGCACGUGACAUGUGUGUGUGUGGGGGAGUGUAAUUCUAUGUUACUCUUUUGUGUAGUUUGCUGGAGAGAAGUCUGUAUUUUCAUUUUAUUCUGUCGCUGAAUAUAAUUCAUUACUGGGUAAAUAGGACCAGAUAGUCUAUCUUUACACUAGUUCCGUUAGGUUGAUUUAAGGUAUUUUCAUUUAUAUUAUGUGCUUUUUUUGUUCAAGUGCGCGCCUAUCUGUAACGUACAUUACCUUUUAACGCGUACGUUUGCAAACUUGAAAUUGUUUGAGCACGUGUAUGUGUUUACAGUGUUUUUAAAAGUGUUUGUGUGUCUGUUUGUUCGAAGUGCAUAUUGUAGGUUUGUUUUUUGAGUGUGUGUGUGUGUGUGUGUGUGUGUGUGUGUGUGUGUGUGUGUGUGUGUGUGUGUGUGUGUGUGUGCGUGUGCGUGCGUAAGUGCAUGAGCGUGUGUGUAUAGCACAUGUGUGUCUUGAUAUACCACCGUCUACCACAGGUAAUGUCAGAGGCAACAAUGGUAUUAUUUACCCACCGAACAGUUACCUCAGUAUCCCGGCAUAGUGACCCACAUACCACAAGGCAUAGAAAGUGGAAUCAAUAAUUCUAGUUAAAAUAUAGGAGAAUUUAUAUGUAUAAACAAAAAUUCAUGAUCAGUUAAGCCUAAAGAAACAAAAACGGUCAGUGUGAGAGAGAGCGUGAGAGCGACAAGGAACGCGUGAAUGGGAAAGUUCUUGCGUGUAUUCGUACGUGUGUUAACGUUCCAUAUAUAGUGUGUGAGCCCUGCCAUAAAUACCCACCAUGGAAUCUAUGUGUAGUCUUCCAAAAUCAACUGGAUGGCGGCUCCAACUGCGGUACGUGGUGGCAUUCCUGGGAUUUUUGGGUGCUAUGGUGGACUAUGUCGUCCGGUACAGUAUCAGUGUAGCUAUCGUGGCCAUGGUCAACGCCACGCACCCUGUGAACAACGCCUCCCACGCGAGCAACGCUUGCCAGGCCGCCCUCAACGUUACUAAUGAGGCCGGUAACGCCGAGCAUAAGGGAGCUGGCGAGUACAACUGGACGAUCCAACAGCAGGGCAUCAUCCUGGGGACUUUCUUCUGGGGUUACUUCAUCACGAAAAGCUCAGGAGGUCGCAUAAGUGAGCUUCUCGGUGCCCGAGAAACAAUGGCUGUCAGUCUGGGCGCGUCAGGUUUGCUGUCCCUGCUAUGUCCUGCGGCGGCCCACGUGCAUCCCCUGGCGCUGGCAGGGGUUAGACUGGUGAUGGGCCUCGUGCAGGGCCCUGCCAACCCUGCUCUCUACAGCGUCCUCUCCAGGUGGUCACCACCGGACGAGAUGGCCACCCUGGUCACGUUAGCCUACUCAGGUAUAGCCGGUGGCAGUCUGGUGGCGCUGGGAGCCUCGGGGUGGGUGGUGAACCUUCUCGGCUGGCGGUGGAUUUUCUGGGGCGGCGGCAUCCUGGCGCUGGCCUGGACGCCCGUGUGGCUCUUCUUCGUCAGGAACUCCCCCGAGCAGCACCCUCUUAUCUCUCGGGCGGAGCUGGAACUCCUUGCAGACACCCUCCACGUUAAGCCAAGGCGAAGCGUACCCUGGCGGCGUCUCCUUCGGUGCUGGCGGUUCUACCCGAGCGUCGUCGCCGAAAUGGCUAGCUCCUGGGUGUCGAACCUCACUACUACCGAAGGAGCCAUAUUCCUCAAGACGCAGAUCGGGUUGGACCUUCGUCAGGUGGGCUGGGUUCUCUCGGCGGGUCAAGGGAGCUCCUGCGCCGCAACCUUCGCCUUCGGGAGGAUGUCCGACGUCCUUGUAAGACGCCGAGUCCUCACCAAGCUCAACACCAGGAGGCUCAUGCACAGUCUGGGUGCACUGAUGAUCGUGGGCGGACUCCUGUGCAUCGUGUGGGCGGGGUGCCAAGCGGAGGUUGUCGCUGUCAUGAUGGUGCUCGUCAUGGUGGGCAGUGCGUCCACCCUUUGCACCUUCCAGCUGGCACCCAUGGAUCUCGCGCCCAACUAUGCGGGAACAUUAUCCGGCCUCCUUGGUUUGGGUAACCUUAGCGGUUUCGUGGCUCCUCUGGUCACAGCUCAGUUAGUUACAAAGACUGGAAGCUGGCUGUCUUCCUUUCUCCUUGGCGGAGGCAUCUACCUUGUCGCCAGCGUCCUGUAUGUUGCAACGGUCACCACUCAAGUCCAAGAAUGGAAUUAUUACGAAGAAAUACUGCCCUAGAAUAUAUUUUUUUAAAGCAUAAAGAAUACUGUAGGAAAACGAUAAAUAAAAAAAUGAGUGAGA